AGGCUGGUGCGCAGGGACAGGCAAUGAUGGCGGAGAACGGAGUGGGUCAGCUAGUGCUGGCAGCGCAUCCCGAAUCGGCAAAUGGGAUGGGAGGAUUGAGCCAGUCUAUUAGCAUCAACGAGGACUCCUCCAUGGCGAACAGUUCGUUGAACCAGUCCUCCUUGGCGAACAGAUCCUUUUAUGGCAGGUCCUCUACGAAAAUUUUCGUUCGGCUAAGGCGAGUAUUUCCUUUGCCGUUUUCAGGCCAUCAGCAUCACGAUCACUGAGGUUGUCGACGUCUCCUUUCUUCUAAUAAAGGGAUGUUUCGGUGAUGAGCAUUGCCCUUGGUUCAGACGUGAGCGCUUUGGCAGAGUGCGCGGAUUUGAAUAGUUCUGAGGAAGGCCGUGCCAUCCUAGCGGUGAUCGAAAACGAUAUGGCUUCACCCCCAUCGAAUAUUAAGGCGAAUAUUUUAUAUAAGGUUUCAUUUCUACGAAUUUUUAUUUCUCGCAGCUUCCUUCUUGGAAUUCUGGAGAAGUGAAGGCAAGAAAUGAAAUGCCUCGCGCUCUAAGAAUAGACGCGGAGUCUUGGACGUUAGUGGCGUUGACCAGAGUCGUGUGGAUGAAAACAACCGCAUCAACCGGAGAGGGAGACGGAGUUCUCCUGCGUUAAGGCUUAAUGCAAUUCAUUCAUUUCUACAAGUCUAAGUCAUUGCUUAUACUGUUUCCCUCUCGGGAUCGAUUCUGAAGACACGAAGGGCUGUCCUUCCGAGCUCUAACUUUGUAGUUUUACGUAGAUUGAUUCUGCUUUAGUGUAGAUCAAUCGUUUUUACCUCAAAGUGAGCAUUCUAUUGCAUUGAGCUCUAACUUUGUACCGUGGUAUUCAGCGUCCGCCUAGUACCCCCAGUCCUGGCGUCCACAGUGCUUUCGUCACUGUUGAAGAGGCAUUUUCGUACUGUCAUGAAGUUGCUGGCUACUACGAAGCAAUGGUCGAGAACGAGCUGCCAGCGCAGAGACUGGACUUCGAUUUACGGCUCUUUUUACUAAACAUUCUUUCGAUGUGGAGGAGGCUCUCCUGAUCGGGUGGAUGGCAAUCAAUCAUAGAAAAUUAUAGCAUUAAAAUACUCCCCAUGCAUUUGUAUACUCUAUUUUCAAGGACCAACGACCAUGCAGUGCAGUUGAAACAAGAUGAAUUAUAGGUAGAGCGCUAAUCGACGCUUUUGCGCGGAUGGUGUGGCCGCAGACGGACUAUCAAGGCAAACCAAUAGAAGCCAAGAAUAAGAAAGGCAAGGA